AAAUGUGGCCCAUGCCCAGGCAGUAUGGAGUUUUAUUCGUGUGUGGGCCGGCAGGGCGCUGUUCCCGGAAGCCCAUGUUAUGGCCCGCUUAAUGACUGCUUGCGGGUUUGUGGGUCGGGGCGUGAAUUGGGCUGGGCUAUGACACACGUAAAAGCAGCAAUACCACGUGCGGCGUGUUAUUUUCCUGAAGAAUUCUCUUCAUGCACGCCCCCAAGCAAAUGAGACAUCAUCUUUCAGAAAGGACUCGUAAAAAUCCCCGAAAUUAAAAGGCAAUAUUUUUCGAAGAGAGUCCAACGUUCUGAGAAAAAAAUUGGUCUGUUCAAUCUGACACUGUCGUGGCCUCCUGGGUAUGUGUAUAUCCGUGUGAAUGGAGAUGGGUGCACAUACGAGAGAGAGUCCGGCAACGUUCUCCGUUGUUCAAACCCUUUCGUCCUGCAGAUAGAGCACGCCUAUUUAUUUGUCGUGUAAUAAUGUACCCGAGAGGCUCCGACAAUUAGCUGUCUCGGCUCCGACAAUUAGCUGCCUGCCGCUGUUCGCGAUCGUCGCACGCCGCACUCGUGUCAGGGUUAGAUAGCAGAAGAAAGGAUGACGGUCGAGCUGGAGUCGCAGGAGGAGGCGGCGGCGGCGGAGACGACGAUGACGAUGGUGGCCGCCUCCGCCGCGCACGUCAGGACCAGCGCGGCGCUCCGGGUGCUGGCGUUCGCGGCGUCGCUCGCCGCCGCGGUGGUCGUGGCCACCAACAGGCAGGACCGCUGGGGCAUCAUCGUCAGCUUCAGGAUGUUCGCCGUCUGGGAGGCUUUCGUGGCGAUCAACUUCGCCUGCGCCGCCUACUCGUUGCUGACGGCGAUCUUCGUGAGGCGGCUCGUCAGCAAGCACUGGCUGCACCACGGCGACCUGCUGACGGUGAACCUGCAGGCGGCGUCGACCGCCGGCGCCGGGGCGGUGGGGUCGGUGGCCAUGUGGGGGAACCAGCCCAGCGGGUGGUUCGCCGUGUGCAGCCUCUACCGGCUCUACUGCGACAGGGGCGCCGUCUCCCUCGCGCUCGCCUUCGUCUCCUUCGCCGCCCUCGGCGUCGCCACCACGCUCUCCCGCUUCCCCAGGGCACCCCCACCACCACCGGCCGCCUCCAGAUGAUGCAUUAGCCACAUGUUCUUUCUUUUUUUCUUUUCUUUUUGUUGCAAGAUGCAGCUCACUCUCUUUUUAUGCGUUUGCUAGCCUAAUCUGUUUGUCAGAA